AUGCCCCGGAAGAGCGUCGAUGAGCUGCAGGGUGUCAUUGCUAGCAUGACCGCCCAGAUGGCCAGGCUCGAGGCGCAGGCGGAGCGGACCGAGCGCGAGUACAGGUCGGAGAAGACAGAACUCGAUCGAGAGAUACAGACGCUUCGCCAGAGCGUGAGCGGGAGUGGAGCGUUUCCACUGUGCAUGCCUGCCCCGCCGAUGGGCAUGCCACCCAUGGGCAUGCCAGGCAUGCCAGGUAUGCCGGGCAUGCCGGGCAUGCCCGGCAUGCCGCCGAUGCAGCAGAUGGGUAUGCCGCCGAUGAUGGGCGCGACCAUGCCUGCAGAUGCUGCCGGCUCGCAGCAAAUGCAGAUGAUGCAGAUGAUGACGAGCAUGGCGCAGAGCAACCCGGCGCUCAUGCAGAGCCCCCAUUUCAUGCAGAUGAUGCAAAUGGCGAUGGGACAGCAGCCGGCGCCCACCAGCCAGCCCGUCAACCCGCAGCCCUUUGCUCAGCCUGCCGCCUCGGGCCCUGCGACAGCGGCGGCUGCGGCGCCGCCUGCGCCUCGCGGCGACGUGGGCGCAGGCUCGUCCGCCUCGGCUGCCACCAAGGGCGGCGGCAGCGCCUCCACUAGGGCGUGGACCUCGAGCGCAAGCACGCGGGCUGGCACGCUCGAGGGCGGGUCCACCGCCGACCAGAUCAAGGCGCUCAACGCUGAGCGGGAGAAGAUCGCCGCCCGCUCCCUCAGCGCGAGCACCCGCGCCGCCUCGGCCUCGAAGAUCGCUUCCAUCCAGGCCAGCGCCGUCAGCCAGGCCGAGACCGGCGUCGACCUUUGCAUCCUGAUGGACUGCACAGCUUCUAUGGGCCCCUACAUCCAGGCUGCCAAGGACAAGAUGGCGCUGGUGGUCGACCAAGCGCGCGAAAAGUUCCAUGUCGACCUGCGCGUGGCCUUCGUCGGCUACCGCGACUACGGACACCGCGAGCGAUUUGCCGUCAAGGACUUUGUCUGUGGAGACGACGGGAUUCGCGAUCUGCAGCAGUUCAUUGCACACACUCGGGCGAGCACGGAUUGCCCCAACGGUGACAUCGACAUACCGGAGGACGUGGCGGGCGGCCUGGAGAAGGCGCUGGGCAUGACGUGGUCCUCGAGGAUCAAGAUGCUCGUGCACGUCGCCGACGCGCCAGCUCACGGCUCUGAGUACCACGAUGGGCUCGGCGACAACCACGACGGCCCGCAGGACCCCGACCCGGCCGCACUGAUGACGCGCCUGGGCGACAAGCGAGUUGCCUUCUACUUUUUCAAGAUCAACAGCUCGACGGACAAGAUGGUCGGCAAACUCAGGGAGGCGCACAAGAACAGCCGCCGCGAGUUCAAGGUGCACGAGCUCGGAAGCGACGUCAACAUGUUCGCUGAGAUGAUGCUUGGGUCCAUCGCAAGCUCGGUUCGCGCUUCUGGCGUGACGCUUCCAUCUUCGUCUCACGUUUCGGCAGUGACUGAUUACUAA